AAAUAUCUGAGUCUUGUGAGCUUGUGAGUGUCCCUGAAUGCAGCAUCGACGGUUCACUUGUCAGUGAGAACCGAGCAGCUGUCAUAUUUGUGUGUGGGCACAUUUCAAACGACACGUCCUCUUAUUUAAAACAGGAUGGCACGGGGGCAUCAAAAGAUUCAGUCCCAGCAAAAAAAUGCCAAGAAACAGGCGGAGAUGAAGAAGGCCAAGGGUCAUGAUCAAAAGACGGCAGCCAAGGCGGCGCUAGUGUUUACCUGCGCUGUGUGCAGGUCCCAGAUGCCUGAUCCAAAAACCUUCAAGCAACACUUUGAGAGCAAGCACCCAAAAUCCCCUCUGCCCCCUGAGCUGGAAGGAGUAGAGGCAUAAGCGAUCACCACCUGGACACCGAACUCUCCAAGGCCCUGUACCAACUCUGCACUUGUCAGUCUGACAGCAUUGGAUGAUUUGAUGUAACCAACAUGAAGCUUCAUUUAUCCUUUAACAGGACAGAUUGCCGUUGAUGCAAUGCUUCCUCCCAUCCCGUCCUAUGUGCUUGUGUUUAAAAACAUGCAGAGCUAGACUCAAAUGCAGUUUUGAUGUCAGGGCCGCUGUAGACCUGUACGAUCUAUGAACAAUGAAAAGGGGUGAAAGAUGAUUCCUCUCCUUUAAUUUCACACAGUUUCUCACAACUGCCCUGGUGUGUUGUGCAUAUAGGAAUAUUUCUCGCUGCUAGCUCUUGUACCUCUUUUAUCCAAAGCUUUUGUGGAUUGAUCGAACCUCUAUAGAUAAACACAGCGACUGAGGUAAACUGUGGAUUUGGCUUGGGUGGGAGAAUUAAAGUUAAGGCAGUGACAAAAGUGACCUCAUCCGUUUUGUUAGUGCUUUGAGUAUUGAAUCAAAAGGAGGCUGUGACGCUCAGCUGUUCACCGUGUAACUCCUCCACAGCGCUGUCUGCCCUGUUAUACUGCAAUCUUUAAUAGAGCUAAUCAGAGAAUUUCAUGUUGGGUCACAAAAAUGUGAAAUCUGUCAGCCAUUUGCAAGCGGCUACAAUGAAUUGUACGUUAGUUAAAUUUUAUGGGAGCUCGCCAGCAACAUAUAUGCUCGGAAAAUGAAUGUAUGCUCCAAUGAUGUAUUAUACCAUUUUAAUAAAUUUUACUUUGUUGUA